CCAAAGAUCCAAAGACAAUCACAGACGAUAGUUUGACAAUGUCAUAUGUCAAAACGAACAGUCACAACCAAUACCAGUGGAAUAAUAUUGCUGCUGUACACAGAGAGCAGAAACGGUUUAAUUUGUAUUAAAAACUAAUAGAUAUGCGGACGGAGUUGUGAACAGCAAUCAUGGCAUCAGUUUUAAUUCGUGGAAUUACCAGAGGUUGUCAUCUUCGUCCGAUCGCUCUGCAAAAAUACUAUUCCGCUAAGCCAUCACCAAAACCAUCAUCGUCAACGGACGAUGGAUCAUCAAAGCAAUCGUCACCCAAUGUCGACAAGCCAAAAGCAAGUAUUGAUGAAAAACCGAAAGAGGUUUCAUCAUUGGGCCGAACCGAACAACGAUUAGCCGAUCUAAAAUCGAAAAUUGGAGAAUCUCAGAAAAAAGCUGAACAUGUUCGUGAUAACAUUCGGGGAUAUGCGCUGGAUCGCUUUAUAAAUUAUGUGAAAAACUAUGAUAAAAUAUUGGAGAAAAAGUUUCCAGGUGCGAUGAAAGUGUAUCGUGUAUUCAUGGAUGGUGUGAAAUUUUUUGGCCGUGAUAUGGUUCAAUAUGUGAAAAUUCGUAGCCAAAUGUUGAUACACGACAAAGCCGUUUCAUCGAUGACACGAAAAGAGCUUGAACUCUAUUAUCAAAUGCCACACGAUAUCCGCAAAGUCGGUCCAAUCAUUCUCAUAUCAGCCAUACCGUUCGCCCACUAUGUGACGAUGCCAAUUGCAUAUAUGUAUCCACGUUAUUUUUUAACACAUCAUUUCUGGACGCUGCAACAACGCAGCGAAUUUGCUGUGAUGAAUUUACGUGAUCGUCUGUCACACAAUCGCCCCAUUUUUCGAUCGCUACAAAGUAAAUUGUCCUCACUGCAGAAUGACCGACACUACGAUCAAUGGAGCGAAAUACUGGGUAAAUUGGGCAGUGGUGUGCAUCCAACCGUUGAUGAGAUACUCAGCGUUAGAGAUCUUUUUAGCGAAGCCCCAUAUAAAACGACUUCAUUGAGCUAUGCACAUGUUAAACAUUUGGCCGGUUUGCAUGGAAUCAAAGGGAUAAUCACAAUCAAAUCAAAUCUAGCCUAUCGAGCGAUGUGCGUGCAUAAUAUUGAUAUGGCAAUCCAACGAGAAGGCGGCACACGAAAUUUACCUUUAGAAACGCUACGGGACUCAUGUUUCACGCGCGGUUUGAAUGCAUCAAAUCUGACAAAUGAUGAACAAAUCCAAUUCCUUGAUGAUUGGCUUGAAGUAUCAAAGCAUAUUAAUGCCCAAAAUUUCAGUCUGUUUUUACAUUUACCCAUUCUUCUGACCUACAAUCAUCCUAACAACUGGAAACUAAUCUAUCGAGAGCGAUAGCAUCAGUGAUUUUACACCAUGUGACCAUUUAUAGAACCAAAGUGACUAUACUAUAAUUGAAAAAAAUAACUUGUUCCAUUUUAUUUAAAAUUAAAAUAAAAUACACUGCUUCUUCUUUCAUUUUUUUUCCAUUGUUAAA